GCUGGAACGCUGCCUGUCGCUACGGUGGUGGCAGGCGGCGCUAACCUUUGACCUAUCGGAAGUGAUUGCGAGGCAGCUGGCCCGGAACAGGGGGCCCUGCGAGCAGGGAGCGGAGGCAGCGAAGCUGACACAAACCAUCUUACUGUGAAAGCUGCUGUCACAAAGUAAUAAACAUUUAAUAAGGAGAGAAUGGAUGGAGAAGAGAAAACAUACGGUGGGUGUGAGGGCCCUGAUGCUAUGUAUGUGAAGUUGAUAUCUUCUGAUGGUCAUGAGUUUAUUGUAAAAAGAGAGCAUGCGUUAACAUCAGGAACAAUAAAAGCUAUGUUGAGUGGUCCAGGUCAGUUUGCUGAAAAUGAAACAAAUGAGGUGAAUUUUAGAGAGAUUCCAUCUCAUGUCCUAUCCAAAGUAUGCAUGUAUUUCACCUACAAGGUUCGCUACACUAACAGUUCCACGGAGAUUCCUGAAUUCCCAAUUGCACCUGAAAUUGCACUGGAACUGCUGAUGGCUGCAAACUUCUUAGAUUGUUAAAUAAAAUAAAUUAUAAUAAAAAUGUAAAACUUUUUUCAGUAUUUAAUACCUGUAGUUCAGUUAGUAACUUUUUUCAUAUAGCAUGCUGCGUAUGUGUGGUUGAGAACUGUAAAGUUCACUGCAGAGGCAAUUAUCUUCAGAUCUGUUGCAUAGCUAUCAUUCAAUUUUAUAUUUGUUUUGCUGCUUACACAAAUAAGGCCCUUUUCACAAAUAGACAAAUAAAUAAAUAUGCCAAUUAGUAGAUGGCUAUGCCUUAUCCUUUAGGUGUGGCAGAACUUUCUUUUAAUGCAGUGAUCCUUUAAAAUACUGGAGUUUAAGCCAAUGCUACUUAAAAGCUAAUAUUAGCUAAAUGUGUAGUUGUUUAGCAUUUCUAACUUUCUCUUAUUGUUGCAAUUUCUAAACCUCUGAACUUUAUCACCUUACAGGGUAAUUGUCCCUUCAGCAUAGUUAGAACUUUAGUUAUAUUAGCACUUGUAUUAUAAAUCCCCUUUUCAAAGAUUUGUAAACUGGCAUAAACAUUCACAUUGGGCUAAAAACAGUAUCUAGGAUAACUUUUUAUCGUUUUUAUUAAAAUUUAGCUAUGUUUUUAGAAAUGGAAAAGUAUACCCGAUUUAUUUUUCAGUCAUAACUUAACUCACCCCUCUGAACAAUUUUAAAAUGUUCAGAUCACUUGUCUAAUAAAAAUGCAGCCUUUCUGAUAGUGGAAUUAGAAAGAAUUAAAGAGCCAUGUUAGUAGCUAAUGCUAACUAGUGUAUGUAUACUCUCUUCUUUUCUAUAUAAAAUGUAAGUUUAUUCAUAAUGUACUGUCACUUGACCUAAUAUACAAGAUUUAUAAUAGCCUAUAAUGGCUCUUUCCCACUGUUUGUGAUCAGUUACGUAAACUCUGUAUUUACUCUUAGAUCAAAGCCUUUUAAACUUCCUACAUAUGGCUACCAAAGAGGUAGUUCUUUUCCCUCUUUUUUUUUUUUCCCCCCUCUCCCCUGCCUCCCCAUUGUUUAUACAAGAAAAGCUGAAUAUUGGUGGCUCUUUCAUUCUUCAUUGAAGUAAAGGGGUAUUAAACAGAUGUUUGAGAAUCUUUCAUAGAUCUCUUAAAUACGUCCGAAUUUUACACUAAGAUUUUAAGGGGAGAGGAUUGGCAAGCCAGCGAUAUUAACUCAUUUUUAAUGGAAUAUGUAAUUGUCCUUUGGCAGGCAAUAACUAGCAGGAACUGAACAUACUCCUUCUCUCAUGUCACAAAACAAGAUUGCAUAAAACAAACAUGGUGAACAGUGUGACAAUAAGUUGCUUUCUUUAAGAGGCAGGCUGGAGAAUUUUACUACCAAAAUAAUUCUUAAAGAGGAUGAUAAAUCUGACUUCAGCAGUAAGAUGCAAUAGCUAUUGUGUAAUUAUUUUGUGCUUUGGGUGUUGGUAUGAGACAUUAAGCAGAAGCUAAAAUGGCUUUGAGCACCCAGGAAAUGCAGUAGUGUUCGAGAAUGCACUGCGCAGAAUCUCCUUGCUCUUAAGAAAAUUAACGUACAAAUAAAAGGGGGCGGCGGGGAAGCUAGUGCAAUUUACUUGAUAAUGACAUGGGUAUGAUGAUAGACAAAUGGAAACCUGCAACACUUACUCUCUGAGUUCUAAAUCCAUUUCAUAAUGGAAAUUUUUUAAAACUUGGUUUGUGACUGCUUAUCUCUUCUGCAGAUUUUUAUAUGCAGAAUCACAUUCACAAUUAUGCAGUGAAUAAAUUGUAAAAUUGAUAUUUCGGUUACAGAUGGGCAAACCAGCGUGGAUAAAAUAACCGACCCAAAACCUUUCAACAAAAUCAUAUAUAGACUUUAGGAUGUUUAGAACUUUCCUCUCCCAUGUUUAAGUGCUGCUUGUUAUAACAGAAGCAAACUGCUGCUAAACCAUGUAGCAUUUCUAAUUUAUCUGGAAGUGGAAAGUAUUGAAAAAAUUUAAGAGCCUAUUCUUAAAUUCAGCUCACUUUUUUUCCCCAUAUACUAACAAGAAUCUAGACUGCUAGGUGCCAAAAUGAACUCUUUAAGGUAUGCUCAUCUAUAAUUUUGCCAUAAUUGAAAGCAUAUGAUAAAUAUUUAUCCAAGUCUAGUCAUCAGCUAAAUAUAGCUGGGAAAUAAAUCUUCUUUGGUUGUGUAUAUUUCCAGUUUGAUUGUAGGAUACAAUAGAAUUCUAUUCUAUGAAUUAUGAUGGAGUAAUUUGUUCACGGUUGAUCAUCUUCCACGUACAAUGACCUGCCACAAAAGGAGCUUUGCACUUGAACCAUCAGAAUUCCAUUCAACUGGCUAUAUAAUUUUUCUUUGUUUUUGUUUUAAAUCUCCAGGUUCAAGGGACGUAUGCCACAAGGUUUAACUAGGCCACAAUUUUGAGCUACAUGAAUGUUUAUGUAAAUAUAGCCAAAGUUCAAAGUGUUUUUUCUUGCCAAAUGGUCUCAGAAUAUGUGAAAUAUGAGCACUUCAGUUUUCCAGCUGGUGUUUGUAUAGUUCACAUCUUCUUACCCGGCCAAUGGGUACUGCCUGCUGUUUUUCUUGAUUUGUUUGCAAUAUCCAUUAAGCUUGGAAAAAAUGGUUUCCUUCCCAGCACCUGAAUAGAUCUGCUUACAUGGUAAAUGUUUUCCACACCUUUCAUCUAAUGAAACAGAGGCAAACCUGCUUCUAAUUUUCCCUUUUAUGUCCCAACAUAGGGGAUGUUGUGUUUUUGUGUAUCUGGUGUCAACAGCUCUUAGAACAGUUCAACUGCUACUGCAGAGUCAGCGAAAGCACAAUGUCUUUGUAUGGGUCUUACAAAAAUAGUGGUUUCUUCUA